AUGGUGGUCUCCGUGAGCGCGGGCGGUGGGCUGGCGGACGGGUUCGGCCUCCUCUGCCCGUUCUUGGCCCGCUUGAUGAUGCCCAGGUGUUUUUAUGUUGCUGGUCUGGUCUAUGAGCUGCAAGCGACUGUCCAGUUGUCGGUCAGGGAAAUCAUAAUGUCAACAAGUGAAAACUUACGGGUGGAGUUAUUGUCCAGAACCCCGCCUUUUGGUUUGAGACUAUGGGUUGUGCUUGGCAUAAGCAUUUGGGCUGCAAUUCUGUUUGUCCUAGGCCUCAUAUGCUUCCUGUUGAUAUACUGGAGGAGACGAGGGAAUCAUCAUGAUAUUGCUGAGCCUGAAAUCCCAGAUGUAACCAAAGAGAUUGCAGUAGAUGAAGUUGGUAGCCGAGCUUUUGUGGAGAACAUCUGUGCCCCAGAAAGUCACAUCUUUCCAGUGAAGGAGAGAGAUCCAGAGAAAGAAUCGGGGAAAGUGUUCGCUCACUUGAUUACGAGCAAAUCAAGUGAUGAUCAUAAUUUGAUUGAGUGCAGCUCGCACCAAUAUGAUAGGGCCCAGGAGUUAUACUCUGGUGAUGAAGGCAGUUCAGCAUAUGAUAAGAGGGAGUACUCUCAGUGUGCCACCAUGUCCAUGUCUCCUCGGGCUGGUCUCCCAGAGUUCUCUCACCUGGGUUUGGGUCAUUGGUAUACUCUCAGAGAGUUGGAGCAUUCAACAAAUGGGUUCUCUAAUGAGUAUAUCAUUGGAGAGGGCGGAUAUGGGGUUGUUUAUCAUGGCUGUCUUGUAAAUGGAACUGAUGUUGCAAUCAAAAAACUUUUUAAUAACGUGGGCCAGGCAGAGAAAGAGUUCAGGGUCGAAGUUGAGGCCAUUGGUCAUGUUAGGCAUAAGAAUCUGGUGCGACUUCUGGGUUACUGUGUUGAGGGAAGCCACAGGAUGCUUGUCUACGAAUACAUCAGCAACGGCAACUUAGAACAGUGGUUGCAUGGUGCGAUGCGUCAACAAGGUGUUCUUACCUGGGAAGCCCGCAUAAAAAUUACCCUUGGCAUUGCUAAAGCACUGGCUUAUUUGCACGAAGACAUAGAGCCAAAAGUUAUUCACCGUGAUAUCAAAUCAAGUAAUAUCCUUAUUGACGAAGAAUUCAAUGGAAAACUUUCUGACUUUGGAUUAUCUAAGCUCUUGGGUGAAGGGAAGAGCCAUAUAACUACUCGAGUUAUGGGGACUUUUGGCUAUGUAGCCCCUGAAUACGUAAAUACUGGACUGCUAAAUGAAAAGAGCGAUGUGUACAGUUUUGGGGUACUACUCUUGGAAGCCGUGACUGGAAGGGAUCCUGUUAACUACAGCCGGCCUGCCAAUGAGGUCCAUAUGGUGGAGUGGCUUAAACAGAUGGUUGGCAGCAGGAGAGCAGAGGAGGUGGUUGAUUCUGAAAUGGAGGCUAAACCAACUAAACAGGCUCUCAAGCGUGCUCUCCUAGUCGCGCUCAAGUGUGUAGACCCCGUUGCUGACAGAAGGCCUACUAUGGGUCAGGCCGUUCGUAUGCUCGAAGCAGAGGAUGGGCUAUCACGGGAGGAACGGAGGAAGAGCCGGCCGGCGCAUGUCGAUGGUGGAGACACCUGA